UGCUAAAAACCAACCUUCAUUUGCCACAUGAGUGGUUCAGUUUGAAGUCGCGCAUAGAUUAAUUUAAAAAUGCUGCUGAAUUUUAGAAAACUGAUAGUUUUGGGAGUACAAAGACAUAAUUCUCGACUUUUUUCUGCUUCUCAGACGAGUGCCAGAAAAGGUUUAGUUCUUGGUGUGUAUGAAAAGGAUAAAGACAACAGCAAGGUGUUCCUCACUGAGGCAGCUGCUGCGUUCGACAGAUCCAUAUCAGGAAAACUCAGUGAGAUUCUGUCGGUAUCUGGACCUCCAUUAAAGAAGGGAAAGAGCCGGAUAUUCUAUGGAUUACAUCAGGACUUCCCGAGUGUCAUAGUAGUGGGUCUUGGCCAGAAAGGAGCAGGAGUGUGUGAGAAGGAGCACUGGGAUAACAGCAAGGAGAACAUCCGGGCAGCUGUAGCAGUGGGCUGUAGGCAGCUUCAGGACCUGGAGAUUCCCCAUGUGGAGGUGGAUCCAUGUGGAGACAGUCAGUCAGCAGCAGAGGGCGCCGUGCUCGGUUUAUUUGAGUACGACGAGCUUAAAAGCAAGAAGAAAACCAGGCCAACUCCACAAAUAUAUGGCAGCGCCGAUGAUAAAGCGUGGAAGAAGGGUGUUCUGUAUGGAGAGGGGCAGAACCUGGCCAGGAGCUUGAUGGAGGCUCCAGCCAAUCAUGUUACACCUACGGUUUUCGCCGAUCGAAUCGAGCAGGCGCUGUCUCCCUUCUCGGACAACGUGACUGUCCACAAAAGAACCCAAAGGUGGAUCGAAAGUGAGCAGAUGGGGGCGUUUCUCAGUGUCUCAAAAGGCUCAGAGGAGCCCCCUGUCUUCCUGGAGCUGCAUUACACCGGAAACCCAGAUUCCAACCAGGCUCCUUUAGUGCUUGUUGGCAAAGGAGUCACUUUUGACAGUGGUGGAAUCUCGAUAAAACCCUCCUCUGGGAUGGAUGCCAUGAGGGCGGAUAUGGGCGGAGCCGCUACGGUGUGUUCCACCAUCGUCACAGCAGCCGCUCUGAAACUGCCAAUCAACAUCAUAGGUUUAACACCUCUUUGUGAGAACAUGCCGAGUGGAAAAGCGAACAAACCAGGAGAUGUGGUGAAGGCGAAGAACGGCAAAACCAUCCAGAUUGAUAAUACUGACGCUGAAGGUCGUCUGAUUUUGGCCGAUGCCCUGUGCUACGCUCACAACUUCAAUCCCAGGGCUAUAGUCAACGCUGCUACUCUUACCGGUGCUAUGGACGUCGCCUUGGGUUCUGCUGCUACAGGUGUUUUCACAAACUCGGACUGGCUUUGGGAAAGGCUACAUAAGGCAAGUGCGAUCACGGGCGAUCGGGUGUGGAGGAUGCCACUGUUUCAGCACUACACCAGACAAGUCACAGAAAGCGCUCUGGCAGAUUUGAACAAUGUUGGGAAAUAUAGCCGCUCGGGCGGAGCGUGUACAGCCGCUGCGUUCCUGCAGGAGUUUGUCACGGCCACUCACUGGGCUCAUCUGGAUAUCGCCGGGGUGAUGUCCAAUAAAGAUGAAGUCCCCUACCUGCGGAAGGGAAUGUCUGGGAGACCCACGCGGACGCUCGUCGAGUUUGCUGCUGCCUUGGCCUCGGAGUCUUAAAGGGAUGAUCUUUGAGCUCUUGGAUUAUAGGAGUGAAAGGAGUUAAUAUUCAAAUUCCCAACAGGUUUAGGGGAAAAUGUUGCAGGUUCUCAGUCAUUUGGUAGAACCCCAGAAAUUGGUUUCUCGAUUCUACUUUUUUUUUCCCCCUAGGAUUAUAUAGUAGUCAAGGCAGUAGUAGAUGAUGAUGCUCUCUCAAAUUGUUCACAGGCAUUUAAUAAAAAUUACAUUUCGUAAUGUUUUCUAAUGUCAUCCCUUGCAGUUUAUUUGUAACUAACCUCCAGCCAACCACCUUCAACCUUACUCAGAAAAUGGAAAGCACAACUAAAGUCUUACUUCAUUUUAACAGCUUUGGAUAAAGCAGUGGUUCUCAGUGAGGUCCAGGGAUUCAUGAAGCAUAGUCAGUGUGUACCAGAGGGGAACCAUCAGCAUUUCAAAUGAUGUAUUUAAUUGCUUUCAUUCUUUCAUAAUGUCAUAAUUAUUCUCUUCUGAUUCUAAUUCAGUGUCCAUUUUCUAUCAAGUGUGCUUCAGAAAUGAAAGGGUUACUGCCCUGAAAACAUUAAAAUCGAGUUAUCCAAUGAGA